GCGUCCUCUCUGAUGACCAAUCCUCAGGUUCAGCAGCUGAUGUCGGGAAUGAUGUCAGGAUCAUAUGGCGGGAUGCCAGGUGGAGCAGGUGGAGGACUAGGAGGACUAGGCGGGAUGCCAGGUGGAGGACUAGGCGGAGGACUAGGCGGAGGACUAGGAGGACUAGGCGGAGGGCAAGGAGGAGGACUAGGCGGAGGGCAAGGAGGAGGACUAGGCGGAGGACUAGGAGGACAAGGAGGAGGACAAGGAGGAACUGCAGCGCCCCCAGGAGCUGCUGCUGGAACCGGAGAUUUAUCGGGACUGAUCCAGGCGGGUCAGCAGUUUGCUCAGCAGAUGCAGCAGCAGAACCCCGAACUCAUCGAACAGCUGAGGAGUCAAAUCCGCAACCGAACGCCCAGCGCUGGAAGCGAGGAUCAGCCAUGACACUCAGAUAAAGUUGGACAGGUUUGCUUGUGGAUGAAAAGCUGAUAUGGAUCAUUUAUAACUCGAAGGACUAAAAGGAAGUUUUUGUUUUUUUGUUUCCCCCCCCAUCACUGAAUAAUUCCUGCACGAGAGAACGAGGAGCUCCAACCGCUUCAUUCAGGAGCCACGUCACCAAAAACCACCCACUUCCCUCAGCUCUGUGUGGUUUUUAUGAAGAACAUUUAACACUGUGGUAUCAAACACAGAUUAAUUCUAAUAAAGAAAUAAUGCUCUAAUGGGAACAUGGAUAUUAAAACAACAGAGUUUAAUACCAAAAGCUUGAAAUUUCUUCUUAAAACUACACAGUGUAACUUUAUAUGUUUUGUCUAGUACCCUGCUUAUUGGUGGAUCUGAGUGAGUGGGUGGGUGUGUGUGAGUGAGAGUGUCAGGGUUAAUUUAGUGUGUGUGGCAGGUUGAGUUGUAAGGAGACUGCAGGGAGGCAGAGAGCUGUUGAAAACACAGUUUCGACAAUUAAAAAGAGCAUUUCAACAUUUUACACUCUCCUCCAGUCUGACGUCUGAUGAUUCACUUUGGAACCAUUUUGUUUUCCCGAUCAGCAGCCUCACAGAAAAACGGUUCCACUGACUUAGAGGUGUAAACUCACACUGACGUGUUUAAGCUUGGCUCAAAGUAAACGAUGAAAUAGCCCAACAGUGUUCCUAACUCCCAUGCAAGUGGUCCCCAACCUGUUUUCCUUGCGACUCCUUAUACAGUGGGUAUGGAAAGUAUUCAGACCCCUUUAAAUUUUUCACUCUUUGUUUCAUUGCAGCCAU